AGGAAUUUCUUGAAACAACUGAAUUCUCAUCGAAUCUCUAUGGAACAAGUAAAAAAUCUGUUGAAGAUGUUGCACAAACAGGUCGUAUAUGUUUACUUGAUGUUGAUAAACAAGGUGUUAAAAAUAUUCGUGAAACAGAUCUUAAUGCCUUAUUUAUUUAUAUAAGUCCGCCAAGUUAUGAAGUUCUUGAACAACGUUUACGUGGUCGAAAAACAGAAAGUGAAGCUGCUAUUGAUAAACGUUUAAAAGAAGCAAAAGAAUCAAUGGAAUUUAGUAAAGAACCUGGCAUGUAUGAUCAUAUUAUAUUAAAUGAUAAACUCGAUGUAGCUUAUCAAGCAUUAAAAGAGAUUCUUCGUAAAGAUGUUGACGCUGUUCUUGAACAACAAAAAGUUAAUAAUACUGGCAAAUAA